GAGCGCUUAUUGUCGGGCAUUUAGGGUUGCUAUAUAAACCCGUCCUCUCUUCGAUAGAGCUUCGAUAUCGCCGACGACAAAAGGAUCGACAAUGGAACAAACUUUCAUAAUGAUCAAGCCCGAUGGCGUCCAGAGGGGUCUUGUCGGUGAAAUCAUCUGCAGGUUCGAAAAGAAGGGUUUCACUUUGAAAGGUCUUAAGCUGAUCACUGUGGACCGUCCUUUUGCUGAGAAACACUACCAAGACUUGUCUGCCAAGCCCUUCUUCAGUGGUCUUGUUGAUUACAUAAUCUCUGGCCCAGUCGUUGCCAUGAUCUGGGAGGGGAAAAAUGUUGUUUUGACUGGGAGGAAGAUCAUUGGAGCAACUAACCCUGCAGCUUCUGAACCGGGAACCAUCCGUGGGGAUUUUGCAAUUGACAUUGGCAGGAACGUGAUCCAUGGGAGUGACUCUGUGGAGAGUGCCAACAAGGAAUCUGCGCUAUGGUUCCCAGAUGGACCUGUGAACUGGCAGAGCAGCCUUCAUCCUUGGAUUUACGAAUGAUUCUAUUUCUAUCGUGUGUGUUUGUUUUUUUGCCUUUGAUAUGAAUCAGAACAUGUCUCUCCAUUGUUGUUGUUCAUGGCUUUGUUGCUUCCGCUUUCUUUCUUAGAUAUAUCGAUCGAGACCUUUCUGUUUUCAUGUUUCUGAAUCAAAACAUACGCUCCUCCAUUUCCAGUUUCGUGUGUAAUGGAUUUUCUAUUUCUUUUC